UUAAAGCGAAAAGUGUGAGUAAUCAGCAGUCGUAACUGUUGGUAACUAAGAGGCAUGACAAAGUUACUAAUUCCGCUAUAAAAAGAGAAAAUACAGCUUUUGAAUUUCACACGUUCUCCAUUUUUCCCAACUGUUGGAUAAAUUCUGAGGAAGGCGUCGUAUAGUUACUGACAUCACGAUGGCCAGUUACAUUCACCGUCCAAGUAAAGUCUCCUUCAUAUAUCAAACAAUACCGCAACGCGUGUACCAGCUUGCUGAAAAUGACCCUGAUAAACCAGCCCUUGUCGUUUAUAAAAACAAAGAGAAUCGGCAGGAGAUAACUCGGAAACAAGUUUACGAUGGCGCUGUAAAAUUUGCCAAAGCUCUUAUCAAUUUAGGAAUUCAGAAAGGAGAGUUAGUUGCCUACAGUGUAUCCAACUGUGUUGAAUGGUUGAUAUAUGAGGUCGGCAUAAUUAUGGCUGGGGCAAUUUCUGUGAAAUUAAUGCUUGGAUUGGCAGAUUUUAAAACGGUAUUACAUGGCUGCAGUUUAGUUGUAUUUGAUUCCAAAUAUAUUUGGGAAAACUUCCUCAAAAUCGCUGACAUUUCUGAUAAUGGGAAGGUUUCCUCUGAAAUAUAUCCAAACUUGAGAUUAGCCAUUGCUGUCUCAGAAGCGGAGCGUCCUGAAAAUGUUUUGUCUGCAGCUAAGUUGAUGGAAGAUGUAAGUAGUAAAACUGAUAUAAUAUUUCCCUCCAUGAGUCCUGAUGAUACUGCACUAAUUUCUCAAACAUCUGGUUCAACAGGUGUUCCUAAACGAAUUUGUCAUUCACAUUUUAACUGGAUCAAUGCAUUUUACACAUUUUACACAGAUGCUGGUGUCAAUGAAAAAGAUAAGGCUUAUUGUAGCCGUCCAAUGGGAUAUGUUGUUGGCUAUCCGUCAAUGUUUUUGUCAAUUGGCUGCACACACGUCACGGGAGAUGUGAAACUGCUAAAUAAUAACGAAAACAUAGAUUUCAUUAUAGAUUUAUGGAAGACAGAAAAAUGUGACGUAUUAUGGGUAGUUCCACAGAGAUUAAAAUAUAUCAGAGAAUCAGAUUUCCGAGUAAAACGGAUUAUAUCAGGAGGAGAUUUAAUUGCAAGAGACUGGAUUGAAAAUUCUUUUCGUCUGGCAGACAAAUUUUCCCUUGCAUAUGGAAGUACUGAAACGGUAAUAUCAUCACAGAGACUAUUCUCCAAAGAAGAUAUGGAGCAACAUGUAGAAGGAAUGUUAGGUCGACUGCUUCCAGGUUCAGAGGCUAAAAUCCUUGAUGAAAACAAAAAUGUUGUUCCCAUCGGAAGCAUUGGGUCUCUGUACAUUCGUAAUGGUUGGAUGCAAAAAAUAUUUCAGGAUGGAAGGAAUUGUUUAGAAAAGGGUUGGAUGCCUACGUCAGAUAUUUGUAAAUUGACUCCUGAUGGUGAUCUCGUAAUGAUAGGAAGAAGUGUAGAUUUUAUUAAAAAGUCUACAGUGAAGUUAUCCAUAAAAACUAUUGAAAUAUACGUUGGCCGUCACCCCAGCGUUGCAGAAGUGGUUGUGGUACCAAUACCAGAUGAAAGCUUUGGUGAAUGUAUAUGCGCCUGUGUUACCAUUCUACCGGGUCACAAAUUCAGCAGAGAUGAUUUAACAAAAUUCUGCACAGAAACAAUGCCGCAUCCAAGUAAUUUUGACCAUGUAACAAUAAUUCCGGACUAUUUCUUACAUUUUACCAGCUUUCCAAAGCUUCCCAGUCAAAAAUAUAACAAACCUUCCAUAAAGUGUUCUGCAAUUGAAAUGGUGAAGGAAUCAUACGGAAAGUAAAAUUCCGAAUUUUGUUUUUCAAUAAUUGUUGCUUUUCUUAUUAAAGAGAUAUAUCAACUGAACUCUGUUUCUUGAAAACUGUUUCAUAGCGCAUCAAUUUCAAAUCCCGUGCAAUGAAGUGAAAAAUAUUACAGCUCUAAUUGAGAAUAUGGCGAGGGGAUGCCAGAACAUAAGAGUUAAAUUUGUAAAAUGUUCUCGAAUACUUAUCUUUAAACUAUAUUAAUGUAUUCUUUGACAUGAUUUUAGAAUAGAAAUUAUUUCCAUGCUUCUAAUAAUGACAUUUUGAGUUGCAGACAUGUCUCACUCAAUUUCUAAUACUUGAACAUUCACUUUAGGUCCCUGAUUUGGAGAUAAUUUCUUUCUUUCCUCCCACCAGUCUCGAAGGUCCUGAAAAGGCCCAUAAGUAAUGAAAGAGCCAUACUAGAGUUUGUACGGCUGGAUCCGAAUGUUCUUAAAAAUGGAAGGACUCAUCAGGACAAACAACUGUCUCGAUGCAUUACCGAAAUGAAAUGUUCAGUUAACAAAAUGUGCCGAGUCCCAGCUUUUCCCCAAUGGAGCAGAAUUAUUCUAUGACUAUCCUGUCUUCUUAUGAGUACAAAAACUUUUCAUUUGAUACCUGUAUGACGUCGUGCAACCAUGCAGAGGACCACUGAUGGGAAAGAAUGUGUCACAGUUGAAAAAUAAUGUUGAUAUUGUUUUAUGUGAAUAGUUAUUUCUUUAUUACCCACAAGGGGCUAAACACAGACAAACGGAUUAAGUCGAUUAUAUCGACCCCAGUGCGUAACUGGUACUUAUUUAAUCG